AUGGCCGGGCUCUGCGGCUUCGGGGCCGCCGUCGGGGAAGCGGGCGGUCUCGGCGGGGUGCGCGGAGGGUCCCCUGAGGCUUGGGCAAGGCCGGGGACCGGGGCGAAGGGCCGGGCGGGUCUCCAGGGCCUCGGCCCGCAGGGCGAGCGCAGGGGCUGUCGGGGCCCGGCACUGCAGAGCUACUUUGCUGCCUGUGAGGACGAGACCCCAGCCAUCCGGAACCACGAUAAAGUUCUGCAGCGGCUCUGUGAGCACUUGGACCAUGCUCUGCUCUAUGGCCUGCAGGACCUCUCGUCUGGCUACUGGGUGCUCGUGGUGCAUUUCACCCGGAGAGAAGCCAUCAAACAGAUCGAGGUGCUGCAGCAUGUGGCCACCAACCUGGGGCGCAGCCGGGCCUGGCUGUACCUGGCCCUCAACGAGAACUCACUGGAGAGCUACCUGCGGCUCUUCCAGGAGAACCUGGGCCUGCUGCAUAAGUACUACGUCAAGAAUGCCCUCGUCUGCAGCCACGAUCACCUGACUCUCUUCUUGACCUUGGUGUCGGGGCUGGAGUUCAUCCGCUUCGAUCUGGAGCUGGACGCCCCUUACUUGGACCUGGCACCCUACAUGCCCGACUACUAUAAGCCUCAGUACCUGCUGGACUUCGAAGACCGGCUGCCUAGCUCAGUCCAUGGCUCGGACAGCCUGUCCCUCAACUCCUUCAACUCCGUCACAUCCACCAACCUGGAGUGGGAUGACAGUGCCAUCGCCCCGUCUAGCGAGGAUUAUGAUUUUGGAGAUGUGUUUCCAGCAGUGCCGUCUGUACCCAGCACAGACUGGGAAGACGGAGACCUCACAGACACUGUCAGCGGGCCCCGCUCCACGGCCUCAGACCUGACCAGCAGCAAGGCUUCCACCAAGAGUCCCACCCAACGCCACAACCCUUUCAACGAGGACCCGGCAGGGGGCGUGUCCUCCUCAGACACCACCCCCGUGCACACCACCACUCUGCAGAAGGGCGGCUCCCAAGGCCUGGACCUGCCAGAGGCUUGUGCCGAGCUUGAGGUCAUCAGGGUCUCCAAGAAGAAGAAAGCGGGCAAGAAGAAGAAAACCAAGUCCGACGAAGAAGCAAGCCCCCUGCACCCGGCCUCCACCCAGCAGAAGCAGGCCAGCCACAGGGACGGCCCAGGCCCUGGACAGGACUCGCCCCCGGAAGAGGGUGGGGGGCCCAGCUGUGCAGCUGGGAGCAGCGAGUGCGCUGAGCUUGGUCACGUGGGCCUGCUCAUCCCAGCGAUGAAAGACACCUCCAUGGAGCGCCUGGGGCAGCCCCUGAGUAAGGUCAUCGACCAGCUCAACGGGCAGCUGGACCCUCGCACGUGGCACUCGCACACGCAGCCCCCGGAGCAGCCCUUUCGGACCGGCUCUCCCGGGGAUGCCCCGGAGAGACCACCACUCUGCGACUUUAGUGAGGGGCUUCCAGCCCCCAUGGACUUCUACCGCUUUACCGUUGAGAGUCCAAGCAGUGCUGCAGCAGGUGGUGGCCACCAUGACCCUGCAGGGCCUGGCCAACCGCUGCAUGUUCCUGGUAGCCCUGCGGCUGCUGGCCAAGAAGAGGAGGGAGGAGGAGAGGGACAGGCGCCUCGGCCCCUAGAUGAUGCCCAGGGGGAGGCUCAGGAGCCGGAGGCCCAGGAACUGGAAGCCCCGUUGCCUGUGGUCAGCGAGGAGCCGGUGGCUGGUCCUGAGCCUGGGCUGCAGGAGGAGCUGUGCCAGCGGAAGCGAGAGCAGCCCAGCCCGUGUCUGAGCAGCGCCGAGGAUUCAGGGGUGGAUGAAGGACAGGGGAGUCCUUCCGAGAUGAGCCACCCCUCAGAGUUCAGAGUGGACAACAAUCACUUGCUCCUGCUGAUGAUCCAUGUGUUUCGAGAAAAUGAAGAGCAGCUGUUCAAAAUGAUCCGACUGAGCACCGGGCACAUGGAGGGCAACCUGCAGCUGCUGUUCGUGCUGCUCACUGACUGCUACAUCUACCUGCUCCGCAAAGGGGCAACAGAGAAGCCCUACCUCGUGGAAGAGGCCUUAGCUUACAAUGAACUUGACUACGUAUCGGUCGGCCUCGGCCAGCAGACGGUGAGACUGGUGUGUACCAACCGCAGGAAGCAGUUUCUGCUGGACACGGCGGACGUGACCCUGGCUGAGUUCUUCUUGGCUUCUUUGAAGUCGGCCAUGAUCAAAGGCUGCCGGGAACCCCCCUACCCCAGUGUCCUGACCGAUGCCACCAUGGAGAAACUGGCUUUGGCCAAAUUUGUGGCCCAGGAAUCUAAGUGUGAGGCGUCUGAUGUUACCGUGCGAUUCUACGGGCUUGUGCACUGGGAGGACCCCUCGGACGAGUCUCUGGGCCCUGUCCCCUGCCACUGCUCACCCCCAGAGGGCACGAUCACCAAAGAAGGCAUGCUGCACUACAAGGCCGGGACCUCCUACCUGGGCAAGGAGCACUGGAAGGCCUGCUUUGUGGUGCUCAGCAACGGGAUCCUUUACCAGUAUCCAGACCGCACCGACGUCAUCCCACUGCUCUCCGUGAACAUGGGGGGGGAGCAGUGCGGUGGCUGCCGGAGGUCCAACACCACGGAUCGGCCCCACGCCUUCCAGGUCAUCCUCGCCGACCGGCCCUGCCUGGAGCUCAGUGCCGACAGUGAGGCCGAGAUGGCGGACUGGAUGCAGCACCUCUGCCAGGCCGUGUCCAAGGGGGUCAUCCCCCAGGGCAUAGCCCCUAGCCCCUGCCUUCCCUGCUGCCUGGUUGUCACCGACGAGUGGCUCUUCACAUGCCACGAAGAUUGCCAGACCAGCUUCUUCCGCUCCCUGGGCUUAGCCAGGCUGGCUGACAUCAGCGCCACCUCCUCUGAGCCGGGCAAGGAGUACUGUGUCCUGGAAUUCUCCCAGGACAGCCAGCAGCUCCUCCCUCCCUGGGUCAUCUACCUGAGCUGCCCUUCUGAGCUGGACCGCUUCCUGUGUGCACUGGGUGCUGCCUGGAAGGCCAUCUACCAGGUGGACCUCCCCCACAAGGCCAUCCAGGAAGCCUCCAGCCAGAAGAAAUUCGAGGAUGCCCUGAGCCUCAUCCACAGCGCCUGGCAGCGCAGCGACAGCCUGUGCCGUGGCAGAGCCUCCCGGGACCCGUGGUGCUGAGGCUGUGCUGGACAGUGGGAAAGUCGUCGUUUCAGCUGGGCUGCUGCUGCUGCUACUGCGCGCCAGGCUGACCCCGCCCAACACGUGAGGAUGCCGUGGGGCGGGCUCUCGACACCUCAGAGGAUCCAGCGUGGGGUGCCCAGCAGACCGAAUAUGGAGAGCACAGGGGUGGGGCUCCGAGCCCGUGGGCCCCAGAGAUGUAUACCCUCCGGGCCCAGGCUGGCGCCCUUGAUCCGCAGCCUGUCCUCCGGCUGGCAGGGUGGCAAGGAGAAUAGAGGAAGUGAGAGAGGAGUUGGGGGUCAGGAGCCCCUUCUUGCUCUCUGGGUCAGAGGCCCAGGCAGAGGCUCAGGGACAGCGUGGGGCUGAGCGCCGGGCCACCCUUGUUCGUUUUUGGACAUUCAGCCUGGCUGAAGGAAACUGGGGUGCUGGUCUCUGCAUGGCUGCGCCCAUUAGCACCACCCCCAAGCACCUGUUCCCGCAGCCGGGACCGGCCUCCAGGAGGCGCUGCAUGUCCACCACUGCCUCGCCCUGCGGCCCAGCAGGGCCCAGGAACCAGGCCAUGUCCCUUUGCCAGGAGCAAAGAAGGAGAAGGAGCUUGGGCGAGGAGCGGAGCCCCCCACACUGACACCCCAGCUGUCCCUGCUUGGCUGGAGCCGGGCCCCUCCCCUCAGGAGCUUCGUCUCAGACCCUCUGGGAGAAGGGUUCAGGUGGUUUGGUUUGGUUUUUUAAAAAAAUAAAAUAGACCUGUUAUAUAUUG